AUGACUCCAAUUGAGAUUGAUACUACUCAAAAUGAUAUGCAAGUUGCUCCUACUGAUGUUGAAUCUAGUAGUGCAGGGGAUUUUAGUCAUUAUAUGCAAUUUACUCCACCUAGAUGUUAUGAAGGUGUUAUGGGUGAGGAAGCUGAUGUGGUUGAGGAAGCUGUUAUGGUUGAGGGAGCUGUUCAAGAUGAGGAGGCUGAGGAGGUUGAUCCUAUUAUCCAAGUUGAUAAUGUAAAUGUUCAGGAGGUUGAUGAGGUUAAUCCUAAUGCCCAAGUUGAUAAUGGUAAUGUUCAGGAGGUUGCUCAUGUUAUCCAAGUUCAGCAAGUUAGUGUUAGGCCAAUUUCAGAGAUUUUGAAGAAGAUAAGGAGAAGAAAGUCAAAGAGAAUAUUGAAACUGAAAUUAGGAAAAACAAUUGGUGGUGUUGUUGAUCUAGGAAAUUCGAAGGGAAAAGCUCUUGUAAUCGAUUAA